AGUGGCUACAAGAGAAACAGCUCGACGCCUCUCUCCCGUUCGGUCCCAGCGGCGCUUUGAGAGACAAGGGGAAAGGGGGAGCUCUCGCUUCUUCUAAGCGCAAGGCGAGAGAGACCCGCCCCCUUUUCCCGGGGCCCCGCCCUCUCCCCCUUCCAGCGACCGCUUUUCUGCCUCUCCGGAUCCGGAGUGCCGGGGGGCGAAACACACACAAAAAAGGGAGUCUGGCAGGGGCCGCUAGAAAGAGAAUGGCGGGUUGCGCGGGGGAGUAGCCUCCCCCGCUCCGGCUGUCAAGCCCUUGUCGCCUUCCAGUAACCACCCACUUGCCUAUCUGCCAAUCCAAACUGAUGCUGGUUGUGGGACAGCCCCUCUUGCCAUGAUAAAAAGGCAAGAUGCUGAAGCUGAAUGAAUCAGGAGCAGCUGCAGCCGCAAAAUAAGAAUAAGACCAGCACCAUGAAAAACCCCAUGUAUGAAAUAGCAUCCCUGCUACUGGAAAAGUUUCUGCUGCUUGCCAACUUCAAACUUCUCGGUGUGGGCUCCGGUGCAGAGGAAGAAGAGAAGAAGAAACGAUGCUGUUAUUAUGAUACCACCUAUUUCAAGCCAGGGGAUUUGCUGGAGGUGCCCCGAACACUCUUCAUUCAUUUUGGCAUCUACCUGGGGGAUAACCGGGUGGCUCACCUUAUGCCAGAUAUCCUGCCUGCUCUCACCAACGACCAGAAACAGAUCCAGAAGGUGGUGACUAACAAGAGACUCAUCUUUGGUGUCAUCACUAAAAUGGCCAGGAUCCGUGUGGACACAGUGGAAGACUUUGCCUAUGGAGGCUCUAUUCUGGUAAACCACAUGGACAAACUCUUCAAGAACAACGUCCUGCGUGAUGAAGAGGUGGUCUGCAGAGCAGAAAAGCUGGUGGGUGCCACUGAAUACAGCUUGCUGUGGAACAACUGUGAACAUUUUGUGACCUUCUGCAGAUAUGGCUCGCCAGUCAGCUUCCAGACUGAGAAGUUCUGUGAAACGGUGAAGAUGAUUAUUCGGGACCAGAGGAGUGUUCUUGCUUCAGCACUGCUGGGACUGGUUUCUAUACUCUGCCUGGGUCUGGCACCUUCUACUACCCUCCCUACCAUCAUUAUUCCAUUCAUUUUGUGGAUGGCAGGUUAAAGGCACCCACAGAGCUUGUUAGAAGUUGUAAAUAGAAUGUACAAUGUAUUUAUGAAAGCUCAAACACCUUUCUAACAUUGUGUACAGAAGAAAAAUGUGGCAUCCAGUUGUGUAAUGAUUUAAAUGCAUCAUUGGCCAGAAUAUGUAAUAGCUUACUGUGUAAGCCACUAGAUUUUGUGAAAAUCUUUCUAGAAGGCAAAUUUAGCAAUGGGUUCAUGGGAUUUACUCCCAAGCAAGCAUUCCUAAACUGCAUUCCUAAGCUCAAAAGUGAAUUCUAAUGAAAUUUAUAGGUCUAACUCCCAAGUAAAUGUGCAUAGGUUUGGACAAUAAGGGUAAUAUGGGAAGAGGUGUCUUUCAGAAUAUCAGUGAAACAGGGUAUUAGAGUCCUUAGCUAGUUGAGAGGGGACAAAUAGGGAAUGAAAACAAGCUACUAGCAUUUAGCAUCUCUUCUAGUUGUACUUUGAGGUCUGUUGUUUCUAAACCAAAUGCAGUGGGAAUAAAAUAAGUCCAGAUGUGUGUU